AUGGACGCUUCUUAUGGCCAACCCGAGGUGCAGGUCUCGAUCGAAUGCUACGGAUAUUACGGCCACGAGAAAUGCUUGAAAAUCCGCGAGAAGAUCCUACAUGACCUGCGCCCGCGGAUGCUGGACGAGGGCAAGACACUCGUACGAGUCGUUGUCGGCAACAUUGGCCAGUUGCAGCACACCACUGUCAAGACUGAUGCGCCGAUCGGUGAAGCCAGCGACCCCAUGCCAAAGCCCACCCAUCUCGCCACCACUCGAACGAUGGCCAAGACGGCACAACCGGCUCUUACGGCGCAGGGCUCCGGCGCUGACAAGCAAAAGGGCACACAGCAGUCGCCGACGCGCUGCGACAAAAAGAACAUGGAACCGAAGUCGGCCAAUCUCGAGUGCGGCAGCUGCUGCCGUAUUCUCGACGGCGACUGCCUUUACCGCCCAUGUUUCUGGACAGUUUGCUGCAACAAAUGCCGGACGCUCAGCGGCCAUCUCAAUAUGGAAUGCCAUCAAUCGCCUGUUUGCAAGCACUUCCUCGCCGAAUGGGAGAAGCCCGAGCAGCAACGGGAUCUGACGUUCAUCAACGGAGCCUGCGAGGCUUGCAUCGUCAAGAAGCUGCUCUACAUGAAGGACCAGUAUCUGAAAGAGAAGGACGCGCUGAAGGGAGACAAGGAGAAGCGCGAGAAGGCUCCGUGCCAGAAGCCGGCCGUCAAGAAGGACGCGCUGAAGGGAGACAAGGAGGAGCGCGAGAAGGCUCCGUGCCAGAAGCCGGCCGUCGAGAAGGACGCGCUGAAGGGAGACAAGGAGAAGCGCGAGAAGGCCCCGAGCCAGAAGCCGGCCGUCGAGAAGGAAUCGAAAGCGGUGGCUGAGGAGGAGCCGCAGGACAAGCACGACACCGACACCAGCGUC